AUGGGGGCCAGCGCCAGCGCUGCUGGCUGCUGCCACGAAGCGAACGGCGAUGUGUCCUCCUCCUCCCAACCUCCCAAGGAGACUGUUGAGGCGGAUCGGAUCUCUUGCGACUCGCAGCUGGGGAGUGCGUGUUCCGAUGAGAGGCAGAGCAACCGUACUCAGGCCCAGGCACAGCUUACGCGGCAGUCGAGCCAUUUCAGCCGCUACGACAGAAUGCAGAACAUGCAGCAAGUGACCGUGGACACCGAAAUCAUCCGUGCAAUCCCCUUGCACAGAACGCUGCGUCGCUUCGGCAAGCUUUGGCGUACGUCUCCGGUGGAUCUGGAUGACGACCGACGGAAUGGGCUCUGGAUGAAAUCUUGUCCGGCCGAGAGAUUUGAUGUUUUUCUCUCACACACGUGGCAGUCCUCCUGGUGGUGGAAGUAUUUGUCGCUCCUACUGCGCUCGGGCAGCCCGGCGGUUCUGCUUGCAUGGACAUGUGCGGCCGGCUUGGCUUUUGCACUGUCAUUGUUUGAUGUCCUUGAGCUCCCGUUCGAGUACGAGCCACAGCAUGUCGUCGUUCAGGCCAGCUGCCCACUGGGAUUUUGGGUCAUGCUCUUGGGCAAUGCGGCCGUGAUAGUGGCUGUUUUUGCGUCACCUUAUCUGCCGUGCAGGAAGCAGUGUGCCUGCUUCCUGGACGCGGUUAGCAUUAACCAGGCGGAUUCUGAAUUGCAAGAGCGAGGUGUGUAUGGAAUCGGCGGAUUCCUGAAGGUGUCCGAUGAGCUACUUGUGAUGUGGAGUCCGUUGUAUUUAACACGUUUAUGGUGCGUAUAUGAAAUUGCAAUGUUCCGCUAUGCAAACCCCAAGGGCAGGAUCACAUUUGCACCUUCAUUCGUUGAAGCUGCGGCCUUGUGUCUCUGGUUCUUCACGGCAUUAACGACUUUCUUUCUCUGGACGAGUCUCGCGUUCCCACUAAGCUUGGAUCUGCUCCUCGUUGAAUGGAGUCUUGCAUUUUUGCCCGUCAUCCUUUGUGCACACUUCCUGCGGCGCAGCCUGUACAGCAAGCAGAUGCUCCUGAUGAACCUUGAGCACUUCGAUUUGGACACUGCUCAGUGCAGGGUCGCGUUUGACAAGGAGUUUGUGCAUCAGUCUAUCGUGCAAUGGUAUGGAAGCGUCGAAGCUUUUAACGCAUACGUGCAGGGACCACUGCGACAGGAGCUGCUGGAUUCGUCCUCCAGUUUCCAAAUGCCCUUGAUGUACUUCCUCGUGAUCCUGACCCCGGGGCAGGCCAGCAGCCUGGAGGAGCUUCUAGGGCUUUUGAAGGCCGGGGAGCCUUGGAAAGUCGUCUUGUCUCAUGCCCUUGCUCACAACAUCGGGCUGUGCAUCGCCGUGAUGUUCAGCUUAAAGUUUUUGUUCAAGCAGUGCGAGCGCUUUGCGGCUCCGCGACAGCGCAUGUGCCUGGACUGUCUCGCAUCUGUCCUGAUCUUCCUGGCGUUCGGGCUGGUAACCCUCCUCCUCGCAGGCCUUAGUCUGGCUUCGGCUUAUUUUGGCAUCUUUACGGCCCUUGCCUGGGCUGUAGUGAUGCUGUCUGCGGCCUACGUAUCCUUCAAUGGUAUCCCGGCAGCAUUCUCGCUGUAUAGUUGCGUUUUUCCACGGAACUUUGUUGUACUGGGGAAAUCAAUCCUUUCCGCAGGUAAACAGGUCUAA